AUGUGGAAGGACUACAAGAACCUCGUGAAGGAAUUUGGCUCAACGUCGUCUGAAUACGCCUUUUUACGACUGCGGGAUCGCAAAGAAUGCAAAUUCUGGAUCGUAAGUGCCCACACACUUGCCGAGACCGCUGAAGAGAACAACAAAAAUGUUUUCUAUGAUGACCUGAAUGCGUCUAGGUCUGAAAUACCCAACCAGCACGUGGUGAUGGUCAGAAUCGACGCAAAUGCGAAGAUGGGACUUGGACAACAAUCCGUUGUGCUAGGAAAAAGGUAUUAUCCAACGGAGUGCACGUCUGAUAACGAUAACCGUCUCACCGACUUAUGUGAACAGAUGCGCAUCAUCAUCACUUCCACGUUUAAGAGGAUCGUUGCCAUUGUCUUAUGUGGCAAGGGUCAACAUUUUUAA